AUGGUGGAAGUAAUUGAGGUGUGUAGGGUGGCUCCUCCAGCAGAUCAUUCCGAUCAAAGUUUUUCUCCAAAAUCUCUCCCCCUAACUUUCUUUGACAUACGUUGGCUACGUUUCCCGCCACCAAAACUCCUCUACUUCUACAAAAUCUCUCCCGUAAAUCCUUCAACAAAUUCCUUCUUCGAUUCCAUUGUUCCAAGACUCAAACACUCGUUAUCUCUCACCCUCCAACACUUCCUUCCUCUCGCUGGAAACCUCACUUGGCCUCCAACUUCCCCCAAGCCCGUCAUCGCUUACACCGAGAGCGACGGCGUUUCGCUAAUCAUCGCCAAGUCCUACGCCGACUUCUAUCGCCUCUCCACCACUGAAAGCGUCGCCUUCAGUGACGCCGCAGAGUGCCGUCCUUUGGUUCCCAACUUGCCAUUAGGAACGUCCGACUCAGAAGCUGUUCCGGUUUUGGCAAUUCAAGUGACCUUCUUUCCUAAUGACAACGCAUUCUCCAUCGGAAUUGCCGUGCACAAGGCUGCCCUAGACGGCCAAAGUUUCUUCUUAACCACCCUUUUCAAGAACGACUUCAGCAAGCUCGAAAAGAUCUACUCCAGCGACUGGCUAAACUCGGACGGACCCAAUAACAGAAGCGUAACGCCUUGGGAGACCAAUGCUGCUAACGAACCAGAUUCAAUCCGAGGCACAUUCCGAUUGUCAAGAGCAAUGAUACAAGAACUGAAGCGACGAAUAAGCAUAACCGAGACGGCAACGUUCAAGAACGUGUCCGCAUUUUCUCUAAUAUGUGCCUAUACAUGGUUUUGUUUAGCCAAGGCGGAAGAAAUUAGUGACGACAAAAAUCUUGUCUUCUUAGUGGACUGUAGAUCUCGACUUGAUCCUCCUCUACCGGCAACAUAUCUUGGGAACUGCAUAGCCCCAAGAUUUGCGGUUCUUGAAAGAGAAGCCCUGUUGGGAAAACAAGGGUUUGUUGCGGCUGUGAACGCCAUUAGUGAAGCUAUGAAAGGUUUGGAAAACAAAUCGGUUCUAGACGGAGCUGAGAAUUGGGUUUCGGUAGUAGUGGGUAAUAUGCAUCGGAGUAUAAAUAAAAGAAGGAAAGUUUACUCUGUUGCGUCAUCGCCUCGGUUUAAGGUUUACGACACAGAUUUUGGAUGGGGAAGACCAAGAAAGGUGGACGUUGUUUCCGUAGAUGUAACUGGAGCGAUGAGUCUCUUGGAAAGCAGAAACGAUGAUGGAGUUGAGAUUGGGAUAGUCUUGAAGAAACACCAAAUGGAAGCUUUCGCUUCUCUGUUUGCUCAAGGUCUUGAAUUUAAAAACGACAAAUACUGCUCUUCAACCAGUAAGAUCACUAGCUCUCUUUAG